CAUUCCGCUAUCACCGUUCAGUUUUCUGAAAGCAACUAUCAUCGUAACAUUGCAAAGAUAUCUUCGCGUCUGAUCAUCUCUCGACGAGUUCUGUUCAAAGAGUAAACUUUGUUUCCGGGGCAAUUCAAGAUGAAUUUUUUAUUCGUAUUUAUGGUGAUCAGCUGUGUGAUUGUUACCGCCAAAGGUGCUCGAAUUUUAGCAUUGAUCCCGUUUCAAGCCAAGAGUCACUAUUUUGUGUACGAACCUUUGCUGAAGAGACUGGCCGAGAAGGGUCACGAUGUCGUGUCUGUGACGCAUUUUCCUCAAAAAGUACCACUGUCGAAUUUUACGGACGUGGACGUGUCCUCCAGCUUGCCUAGUCUAGACGGCACUAUGUCCUUAGACGGAUUUACUGUAAAGCCCGGGAUUGAGAUGCUGCCGGAAUUUUUCAAACAUUGCGGUAUCAUGAUAUGUGAUCCGCUGUUCCAGAACCCCAAACUGCAAAAGAUUAUCAAUUCCAAAGAGAAGUUUGACGUGUUCAUCGUCGAGAUGUUUGCUACUGAUUGUUUCCUGGGUAUUGCUCAUAAAAUGCAGAUACCUAUCGUGGUGUCAGUGAUAACUUGUGUUGCUUUACCUUGGUCAUAUGGGGUCAUAGGGAACCCCGAGACACCCAGCUACAUUCCGAAUCUCUUCAGCAGUUUCACCGAUCGAAUGGACAUUUUCCAAAGAGUGGAGAAUUCGUGGAAUUUUUUGUAUACCAAAGUCCUUCACAAGUACUUUUCCGACCAACCGAGCUAUCAAAUAGCGAAGAAGUAUCUCGGCGAAGAUUUGCCGGACUUCGAUAGCUUGCGAUCGAAUAUAUCGUUGAUCCUGACGAACGGGCAUCCGACCGUCAGCACACCUCGCGUACAAGCGCCUGCAUUUAAAGAGCUAGGUGGUAUGCACAUUCCAGCGUCGGGUCCGAAACCGUUGCCGAAAAAUCUCAAAGAUUACCUGGACGGCCAAGGAAAAGAUGGCGUUGUUUAUUUUAGCCUCGGAUCGCUACUGAACUCGACAACCAUGCCGGCACGGGUGCUCGCUGCCUUUUACAAAGCAUUCGAACAACUACCGCAGCAAAUACUGUGGAAGUGCUCCAAAGAGAAAAUGCCGACGCUGCCCAAGAACGUUAAGUGCAUCGAAUGGGCGCCCCAACUCUCCAUACUGUGUCACCCGAAUGUGCGGCUGUUUAUCACACACGGUGGACUGCUCGGGACCCAAGAGGCGGUUUAUUGCGGGGUUCCGAUUCUUGGGAUGCCCUUAUUCGGCGACCACCACUUGAACAUGGCCUACUUUGUGAAAAAAGGUCUGGCUUUGCAGCUGAAUUACGGUGAACUCUCAUACGAGGCAAUAUCGAGCGCUUUGAACGAGCUGCUCACGAACAAGAGCUACGCAGAAGUGGCGAGGAAAACUUCGUUACAGUUCAAAGAUCGAUUGAUUCACCCCACAGAAGAAGCUGUGUACUGGAUAGAGUACUUACUUCGUCACGGACCGAAUUCCUUGAAGACUGAAGUAGUAAAUCUAGCGUGGUACCAAUAUCUGUUGCUAGACGUUAUUUGCAUUGCAAUCAUUGAUGAUUGUUCGUACGUUUGGCAAGUACCAGCCCGAGAACGCUGUCAAUGGGUGCGCACAACCCGUGAUUGCAUCACGGAUUCCGUAUUUCAAUACACGGAAUUCCUUUUUUGCAAUUUUGACUCAGAGAAUAUUGGUUUAUUCGCUGUCGGAUUGAUACUCAUGGUUCUAUGGCUUUUAUAUAUGUUCCUAAUAUUAGGGACUACAGCAGACAACUUGUAAGUAAUUAUUUCUACA